UGGAAAGCCAUGUACUGUCUCCGGGCGCGGUCAUAUACCAGACCUGGGUCUUGUCUCACAUCCGGACCGCAAUCAAGCAAGUCCAUCAUAGGCAUAUUCCGCCUUGGGCAGCUCACCCGUAGCUUAUCACUGAAGGUGACCGUACACAGCAAAAUAUAGGAUGUCGGUCAAGCAAGAGGAGUCUGUCAUUGAGACCCCAGCGACACCAGAAGUCGAUGAAAAGGGAGCUGUUGACGUGGUCGAGUCGACGUUCUCCUCUGACGAGCUAGGGCCCGUCCCCGAUGGCGGUCUGUGGGCAUGGAUGGCCGUCCUAGGAGGAUGGUGCACUACGUUCUGUACCUUCGGCUUUUCCACUUCGUUCGGUGUCUUUCAAGAUUACUUCGUUCAAGCGGGUGCGGGAACCUCAUCCGACAUCAGCUGGAUUGGCUCCUUGCAACUUUUUCUACUCUUUGGAAUGGGUCUUUGGUCGGGAAGAUGGUUCGAUCAGGGAUACUUCCGACACGAGUUCCUUGUCGGUUCAUUCCUCAUCCUCCUAUCCGUGUUCAUGCUGUCGAUUUGCGAUCCGAGCAAGUACUACGGGCUCGUUAUCACGCAGGGUCUCCUCAUGGGUAUCGGUUGCGGCUUGACCACGACGCCCGCGCUCUGCCUGCAAUCGCACUAUUGGCGAAGACAUCGCGCUCUCGCCCUGGGCCUUGUCCAAGCAGGCUCGUCGUGUGGUGGUGUCGUUAUGCCAAUCAUGCUCAACAGGCUUUUCAGUGGCCCGGCCGGGUUCGCAUGGGGAACGCGCGCGGUUGCCUUCCUCAUGCUCAUCCUUUUGACGAUCGCCAAUUGUAUCAUGAGGACACGUCUCCCCGGUACGAAGGACAAGUCUGGACCGCAAGUGUCUAUGAAGAGUGUCAUGGUCGAUCCGCCAUACAUGCUUACCGUCAUCGCUACGGUCAUAUUCUUCUUCGGGAUGUACUUCCCUUACUUCUACCUCCAGCUCUGGGUACGCCUUCAUGGGAUGUCUGUGAAUCUUGCUUUCUACACCAUAUCUAUCCUCAACGCGGGAUCCGUCUGUGGCCGAGUUAUUCCCAACUUCAUCGCUGACUACAUCGGGCCAUAUAACCUGCUCAUCCCGAUCUUCUACUCAUGCGGAAUCCUCUUGUUUGCCAUGUUCGGCGUCACGAACGUACCGGCCGUCAUCAUUUUCAGCUUCUUGUACGGUUUCGCCACUGGAUCAGCCAACGCACUCAUUCCGCCUGCUAUGGGAAUUCUCGCACAGACUGAAGACGAGACAGGACUUCGCAUCGGAAUGCUGUUCCUUGCAACUUCGUUCCCGAUUCUGGUGGGAACGCCCAUUGAUGGCGCGCUCCUCGGAUCCGACAACACAGACUGGUAUCAAGCGAUCCUGUUCAGUGGGGUAAGUCGUCGUGUUCUCGUUGUUUGACAGAUUGAUUGACGAUCCGCGUAGAUCGUGAUGCUCGUCGGUGCAUCCUUGUUGGUCCCUGCAAGGCAACUGACAGUCAAGCGACGGGGAACUCAGUUGACCUGAGCUCGAUG